AAGAAGUCGUGAUGGGUGUCCGUUAACUGAACUCAUUGAGCUUCUCUUUUCGUGUAUACGUUUUAUUAAACUUAUUUGGGCCCAUAUUAUCGCAUGUCGCUGGAAACGGACAGACCAUGUAACGAUACUCAGCCGGUGCUGCGCUUCAACCGUGCUGCCAGCUCCUACGUGAAGCGCCGUCAUGAGCUGGUUGCGAGCGAGCCUGCGUCGAAGCAGGCCACCCAUUCUACGCAAUGUGGAACCCGAGACUGUCAUCGAGGCAUUCAGGAUGCACUGGCUUCGAGCCCUGGAAGUCAUCGAGAAGUCAUCGAGUGGCAGCCACGCCAUGCCUACAGCGGAUGACAUCACUGGCGUGCUCAACCAUUUGGACCAGAUGGUCAACUUUCUAAUCGAUGAGGCCACAAGUGCGGAAGCAUCUAUACCCAAUGGAGGAAUGUCCCCGUCAUCUGUGGGGCCCAUACUGGACUACAUGCUCAUGGAAGGGGUCCUGGAUCGGCUUUUUCAGUGGUCUCUAUACACGGGGGAGUUCCUGUCGAACCUCAAGUUAGAGCAGCUGAGGAUAUACGAGGUUCUUGUGAGCCACUCCCAUCACGAGCUGCUGCUGCAGCAGCCGUUCCUGCGGCCUUUGCUGCAUCUGCUGGCCUCAUGCGCCGAGUGUGCCCCGCUCGAAGUUGAGAAGCGUCUGGUGGUGUUGCUCAACACGCUCUGUGUCAGUCUGUCCCAGCAUCCAGACCUUCUCGAGGUCUUCUUCAGUGCCAGCUCUAACCAAGGACCUGCCAGUUCGACUCUGCGAUUCCACUUUUGCACGACCGGCGAGUGUUUCGACAACUUGCCCACUCCAAUGCCCACUGGGACUCCUACAGGGGGGUUUCUCAUCUUCUCCCUGCUGAUUCCUUUCGUGCAUCGAGAAGGCGCCAUUGGCCAGCAGGCCCGAGAUGCACUGCUGCUGUGCAUGGCACUGUCACAGAAAAAUGAAAGCAUUGGUCUCUACAUUGCAGAAAACUCAAACUUCUGCCCGGUGUUGGCCACCGGAUUGAGUGGCCUCUACUCAGUGCUACCGCGAAAGCUGACCAUAGUUGCGGAUGACUGGUACCGCCUCACUCAUGAGGACAUUCAGGAGUUCCCAGAGCUCACGAUGUUCCUCAAUUCCUUAGAGUUCUGCAAUGCAGUGAUCCAGGUGUCUCAUACAAUGGUCCAAGAGCAGCUUCUAGAGUACAUCUACCAGGGAUUUCUGAUACCGGUCAUGGGACCCGCUCUGCACCAGGAUACUGCGGAUAUAGAUGUUGACACUCUUGAGGGCUGCACCAUAUUUGCGAACACGAUGGAGGAAAUAGUCACAGCAACAGCAUACCUGGACCUCUUUUUGAGGACAGUCACAGAGCCCCAGUUACUGUUGGUGUUCUUCAAGUUCUUGAUUACUGAAAGCUAUGAAAACCACAAGAUCCUCAACACACUGAUAAAUCGCAUUGGAGGUCAAUCUCGGCUUUGCUUGGUGACAAUGGCACUCUUUCGGACGCUGCUGGACUUCAAUUGCGAAGACAUCAUGUUGGAGCUAGUGCUCAAGUACCUGGUACCCUGCUCCCAUGUGAUGGUGAGCCAGAGGAGUCGUGUUUGCGACAUAGAUCUCUACGGCUGUGCCGCCGAGAAGUUUCUCUCUCUAAUUCCCGCGUGCUGCUCCGGUGUCAGUGCCGAGGAGGCUCAGCUGCCGGUCCUGCGCGAUGGAUUUCCCGUGGAGAGAGUGAUGCACGGUGGAAGCCUCCAGAUACGCAGUCGCCGCCCCCGCCGCUCUUUCUCCGGGGUCCUGGGCAGCUACGAAUCGGGAGACAUGCCACGGUCCUUCACUGCCGUACUCAAUGGCACCCAGCAGUCUUCGCCGCCGUCAGUUGCGCACACCGGCUACCACCUGUACCUCGCGGAUGCGCGUCAGGGUGUGCGCCUCACCAGACGGGCAUGCUCAGGCUGGUCUUCAUCUUACGACGAGGCAUCGUCGUCAGUGGAUCUCAACGGGGCCACAGUCCCUCCGGACACGAAGACGGAAGACGCCUCCGCUGAAGAGAGUUCAGUGUCCGCGGGCGACUCGGGAAUCUUCGUCACGCGAGACGCCGCCAACAAGGGCGGCGGGUUCGAGGCAUUUGGAAGUCCCAACAUUGGCCCAUUCCUGAGCAUCUUGCUGGCCCGGCUGGAGAUGAUGCUACAGAACAGUGUCUACAUCAACCUGCAACUGACAGCACUCAUUGCACGGCUCGCCUUGUAUCCUCAGCCCUUGCUGCGAUCGUUCCUCCUGAGCCAUUCACUCGUGUUUCAGCCAAGUGUCCGGUCACUCUUUCAGGUCCUCGGCUCUCUGAAGCACAAAGUGGACAGCUACUCGUACACACUGCCCAACUUUGACGAGUUGCUUGCAAGGGCUAGAAUUUUUUUCACUGUCAGGGAAGAAAGGUUACUGGCCGACACGCCUCACAGGCUUUACGGUGACCAAACUGCAGUGCGCAGAAGCCAAAGCUUUGCUGCCGAGUUCUCGAGAGGGGAGUCAAAAAGGAGAAGCCUUGGAAGUUUUUUUCGAAGAACAGGCCUGCCGAAGACGAACCCUGUUCUCAUUGAAACAGGUGGUGAAGAGAAGAGCUACAGGUUCAUAGCAAGGCCGUACCCGAGCGAAUUCACAGAAGAGGGUACCAGACUGGAGUCCAUCAAAACUCAAAAUGCAGUGUUGGCAGCUGUGGUGCUGGAGGAGUUCCUGAAAGAGCUCGCCGCCAUUAGCCAAGAGCACGCCAUCCAGCAGCUUGCCUCAUGACAUUGCGCAAAACGUCACGACGCACUUUCUCCACGUUGAACCAGCACUGAGAUUCCUUGUACAGUGUUUUUCCAAGCACCAUUGUGUGUGUAUGUGUGUUUUCUGUACCAUACCGAUGCCGGGUCUGUAUAGAUAGAAUAGUAUUUUAUGGCGAGAGCCUCGUUGUUGAGUUAGCAUCUGGGUUCUGAGGUUUUAAAUUUCAAUGCCGUUUGGCAUGCGUCACAUAGUCAAAGGGGGCCCCGCAAGAACUGAAUGAAAAAACGACAGUGCUGGCCACAUUGGCAUUCGAUUGGCACAUCUGUAAUAUUGCAAAACUUUAUUUUGGAGCUUUGCGACUCCUGUCAUUAAAAGCACAUUAAUUGGUAAGAAGCUCAAAAUUUUUACAAAAGUAUAAAUAUGCAGUGUUGUAAGAAAGAUGAAUUACAUAGUGAUUGUCUGCUACUGCACAUUUUCGAUUUUCUAGCAGAUGCUUUAGUGUACUGCCUUGUGGUAUAGAGGGAAAGGUGCAAUGUUGUUGACCUGUUUAUUGUCCUUCCCAACAGUGAAUUGACACAGUUCGCAUUUAACGUAGCUUCCGAAACUUGUGCUGAAGCUAGCGCUGCCACAUUCUUUCGAGGUCCGGCGUAUUUUGGUUACCUAAUGCCACCAUCAUCGUACAGCGGUUAGUUCUGAAGCAAUGGGUGUGCACGAAAUUAACUAUAUUUUUCUGUGCAGCUUCAGUUUUUUCAGCCCUGAAGACUAGGUUUUAUGUCUUUUUUUUUCUUUAUUAUUUGCUUUCAAAGCUUGAAUAUAGCUACUUGUAUUGGAUGUACGAUCCUACAAGAAAAGUCUUCUCAGUGUGUGGUUUGCUGACACAUUUUAAUCACUUAGUACAUAUUGUGACAUUGUCUAGUGUACUGCUUUUAUGGCACUAGAAUUCAAUGUUUUUCAACUGUAUUUCCUCAUUUUCAGAUUUUAUUUUUUUUUGUGCUAUGCAGCCAUUAUUUUAAGGGCCAAGAUCUCAGUAAUGUUCGAAUGUUACAUCUCACUGUGUGGACUGUGUGCGAAGUAUCCUUGGUGUUUUCUAACACCACUGUCACACUCUGUCAGUCUUCGCAGUUAUGCUGCAAAGCAUUAGAAUACUUGUACGAGACAAUGAGAGAUCUGAGAGACCGAUUGUUAUAAUGCGGUCAAUAAUUUUAGCAGUGCUUAUAAUUAGUUGAGUGCAGCGGUCAUGAAGCUGCACUGCAAGGUGAACCAGCCACUAAUUUUUUAUUAGGUUCAGCGCUAUUUUGACCAAGGGCUAAUAUUUGUUGCGGUUUCUUUCCUUCAGUCCUAUCUUUUUUUUAUAAUUCGUCAUUCAAAGUAUGGCAGUUUUGCAAAUUAAUGAUGGAGGAUAAUAGGAGUUGAUGAAAGACAUAGGAACAUUACAAGGUCUAGGCCCUUUUUCCAAGGCCACUUGUUUUGCAUCAUUUCAGAACAUCUAUGUCACAAAUCAUUACCACAAAUGCCGUAUUGCAUGCAGGCUGCUAAACAUGCAUUCGCCUGUGCUGCGUUAUGGAAACCACAUAAGCUGUCCAUUUUUCGUUUGCUAAAAAAAUUAUAAUGAAUUAGCACAUAGCAUAUGUACAAAUUUUACACUUUCAGAUGUAUUACAUGGUUAGGUGCAUUUGCAAGACCAUUAGGAACAACCUCUUGACAGAUCAAUGAAAUUUUAGUGCUUACUGGUGUAGGUUACAGUUAUUUCUUUUUUACACUGUAUUUGGGGUGCUCUUAUAUUCAGAGACACUUGUGCUGAACACAGCCUUGUACUUGCUCCAUAAUGCAUUUGAGGAUCUUACGUUCUUUGGAAAAUGUGUCGUGCAAGUGGGAAACAUUUGUGUUGUAGCACGUUAUUGCAAUGUUUCAAAAUAUUAUUGCAGUGUUUUGGGGAUAACAUAGCUAUCAAUUUUUAUCAGCAGGUCCACCGAAAUAAUGAACGCAGCCAGCCUGGUAUACAAUAUUGAGGAACGGCAUUGCUUGUACGAGAGAAGUGAGCAGUCGGUGGGUGCCAUUGGUGCCAAAUUGCAGGGUUGAAACUUGGGAGAAUAGUAAACAAAGUUCAGAAGAAACUGCCAACUGCCAAACAAGUGGUGAAACUGAAAAUGGUGCACGUAACUUCAAGAGAUGUGAUGAUGUCUGUAUCAAUUAGAAAACGGCCGUAACAUAGAGUACAUAGAUUCCUUACUUGCAUAGCAGGGAACGUUGCAGAGGUUCAAUGGUGUUUUUGUCAUGCGAGUGUAUCACCAAAAGGAAAACAGGGCGCGCUACACGGGAAGAAACCUGUUCACUCCAAUAUGAACAGAUUGGUUUAUGGCACGACCACACACUUGACAAAGUCCUACACGGUGCAGUGACCAAAACAUAGCUAAAGACAUACUAAAAGCAAGAAAUGUAUAUGCAGGCUAUGCUAUUUGAUGUAGCAUUAAGCAAGGGGUCAUGAAUUCAAUUCCCAGUUGCACCAACUGCAUUACAAGAAAAAAAAUUCAGAAAUGCUCAUGUACUUAAGGAUAUGUCACCAACAAAUUGUUAUAGUUAAAAUGUAGCAUGAUAAAAGCCAGUUAACUACAGAACAUGCAGAGUAGUAUACUUCUGCAGCUGCACUACUGGAAUCUAUUAAGCAUUGCUUGCUCAGUAUAAAAUUGAGCGUUCAUCCUGGAAGAGAAAAGGUGAGCUUGGCUGGUAAAUUAAACUAAUGGGCCAGUGCAGAAAGCGGUGAACAUAGCCAGUUGUAGCAAUGCAUUAAAUGAAGUGGUUAAAUGGAGUUCGGGCAAAUGCAAGCAUAAAGCAGGUUUAGAAGACAGUAUGUGGUGGUUGGGCGUCUUUCAGAAAUGCCAUGUACUAAACUCUGCAACUGAAAGGUUUAAUUUGGCAACCUAUCAAUCUUGCUGCAUUUAAAGUUUCAUACGUUCAGCUGUGCCUUUGACAUUGUCGCUGUAGGUGUUAGUAUGCAUUGUUUCUUUUAACAGUCUCGCCAUUUCUCAAUUCUUAAGCACUGAAAGCAUCUUGCGCGAUUGUGUCGUUAUCACUGAUGCACUUGUGCUGCUGGAUUUGCUUUGUAGUGAUUGUUAUUGCUACUUCAAAGUGCUCAUAAGAGUUCUGAUGUUCUAGUUCAAGGAAGCGACGAACACUCGACUAUGCUUGUUUGAAUUGAAGCUGUUGCGGCAUAGCUCUGUUCUAUUAUUACCCCGAGGCUGUAUUUCACUUUUAGUACAGAGCAUAGACUGGAAGUGUGUACAGUGCGGCUUUCUAUGCGAAAAACACGAGCAACAAGAUAUUUUUGCUGUGAUGGUUGGAUGACAGGCAUCAUUGCAUGUGUUACUGUAGAAGUCUACAAAUGUAACAUGGUAGCUCAAUUUGUGUGCUCAUGCCUGUGAUGAUACAAGAAUGACUAGUAUAAUGUUUAGUCUGGCUAGUUGGUCAAGUUCCAUACUGAAAACAGCAUGAAAGAUGAGCGGCCAAGAUGACAAUGCGAACUACUUUAGUGCUUUGCACGUAGUAGUACUUCCAUUUCCUGCCUUUCACCUGCUUGCACCAUGCUGAUAUCUGUGACUGAAAUUACUGCUUUUUUCUUAUAAAUUAUUUUUUGUGUUCUCAUGUGCACUCUAGCUGCACUUUUCAAAUGAAUGACGAAACUUUCAGUACUAAGGCCUAGAUCAUCUCUCUUCACGUCUUCCGUGUUGUUUUCAGUAUAAGGUACGCCUACUUUGCUUUCAGCGCAGGAAAUGUGCAGGUGUUUACAGUGCAUGUACCGAUACCUAUUGUACAUAGAAGAUGUUAUUUUUCCUCUGCAUUCCCGAAUGUGACAGAUUUGUGAUAUAUUAAAAGAUGAGUUGUUGUUAAGGCAUAUGAGGCAAAUUCUGCGUCCCAUCUCCAAGCCCUUGUUAAUAUUUGUGGAAGCAGUUUUUGACAGCUCGGAGUUUCAUAGAAACUAUUUAUUUCGUGAUGUCUGCCAUUUCUCUUGUGUACUUUGUUAGAGUUGGCUGCUCUGGUUGCGAGCACUGUUUUAUUUUCGAUUCCUGUGCGCUUUUUGGGGCAUGGUAGUGCUUCAGUUGAUGGCUGUUGCUAUGAGCGUAGCUGUGCAACUUCUUUUAAUGAAGAUCAGGAUACUCCCAGUUCUGAAAGCAGUUGAGAUGCGUGGCAGUACUAGGUGCCAUGCUUCGACUUGUCACGAUAGCAGGACGGCCCGAAUUAUGUAUAAAAACAGAAUAGCUAUGUUCAGUAGCUUCUGUGCACAAUAAAUUAGCUAGGCACCCAAUUGACCUCACUGGAGAUGUAUGAAACAUUUGUGUCAGGCCAAUCCAAGUUUGUUGUGUGUCAUGGCAGCUCAUUGGAAUGAUGACAAUGGCUCAUAGUACGGCCCAUCUCUGAUGUUCUUGUAUGUCCGUUUACACCACCCUUUUAUGAAGCUUGUGUGUUAUCACAGAGUCGACAUGCUACUGUGAUAAACCUUCCAAAACUAUCCUUAAUUGCUUUCAGAACUACUACCGGUGAGCUUGUUUGAGUGUCGUCCAUAUUUAGUUAUACACAAUUACAUACGUACCAUACUUUGUUUGGAUGUGGGGAAAAGUCCGAGAUGAAGAAAUCUUCAACUUUGAAGCACUUACUUGUUUUAUGAAAAAGUGAAGAGAAAGAAAAUACUGCAAUGCAAAAGAUAAAUGAUUUGAGGAUGAGAUGAAUUCGCAGGUUUCUCACUUAAAUGGAAUUGCCAUUCACCAUUGUUGAGUGACGCUGUGAAUAUGUGUAAUUUAACGUCCCAAAACCACCAUAUGACUACGAGACUCCGAAGUAGAGGGCUCCAAAAAUUUCGACCUCCUGGGGUUCGUUAACAUGCACCCAAGUCUGAGCACACGGGCCUACAGCAUUUUCGCCUCCAUUGAAAAUGCAGCCGCCGCAGCUGGGAUUCGAUCCUGUGACUUGCCGGUCAGCAGCUGAGUAUCUGAGCCACUAGAUCACUGUGGCGGGGCUGACGCUGCGAAAUUUCUAAGUCGGAGAUUCCACCCAUCUGUUGUAGGUGAUAAGACACGUAAGAAGAAGUGAAGAGAAAGAAAAUACUGCAAUGCAGAAAAUACAAGAUUUGAACAUAAGAUGCCUUUGCAGAUUUCUCACCCAAAUGGAACUGCCAUUCACGAUUAUUGAGUGAUGCUGCGAAAUUUAUAAGUCAGAGGUUCCACCCUGUUGUAGUUCAUAGGACAUAGAACAGUACACUCCUGUAUGCAAUUGCCUUCUUUUUGUACAUAGCCUUUCAGAACUUGUUGCAUUGCAAAGCUCAAAGCAAUGUUUUUUCUUAAUUAGUUUUAUUAGAGCAUAUGCAAUGUGUGUGCAAGCAUGUAUGUAAAUAUUGUGAUGCCACAGCUAUGGUUUUUACCUACUCUAUCUUUUUGCUUAGAUAUGUUUGUUGCUGUAGCGGUUUUUAGAGUUGGCCACAGUGUUACCUUUUUUUUCCCCAGUUGGAUUUGCACAACAUGCUGAGGUUUUAUCACGGGGUAUUUUGUUGCAGCAAGCAAAUGGUGUAGAUAAGCUGCUCAUUCAUACAUGGCUUUAAUAAAGGCAUGAGAACACAA